CACAUACACAGUCUUCUUCUAAACCCACACAUUGCAAGUCUCAUAUCCUUAUUUCUAGCACAGUUUUAAAUGCCAAAGAAAAACGCUUUACUCGCUGAUCUCAUUGCUGAUAUAGAAUCUACAACACCUGUUGAUUUCGAUCCUGAAGAUAUCCAUGAACCUUUUCAAGAUGACAAUCAAAGUAAAGAGGAAUUAGAUGAUGAUCAACAAGAUCAUGACGAAUCGGCUGCAAGAGAACAUUAUGUUUCUGUUGGCAAGAGUAAACUUCGCAGUGAACAGCAGCCUAUAUUAGACGAUCCUCGAUAUGCUGGUAAACGAGCCAGUCGAAAAGAUAUUUACUCUGAAAGUGAAGAAGAAGAGGAAGAAUGGCAAGGUAUUCAAGACGAUGAGGAGAAAGAAGAGGAUGAUGAUAGCGAAGAGAGCGGUUCAAGUGAUGCAGACGAAGACGAUGAUUUUGAUGACGAUCAAGAUUUAUUAAAGACAGCCAUGAAUGGUGGCCAUGAAGAAGAAGCUACCAGCGACGAUGAUGAAAAUGAAGAAAGAUUUGAUGAAGAAAGUGAAGAACAAGAGAGUGACGAUGAUGAUAAAGAACAAGACAGCGAUGAAGGAGAUGAUGAUGACGAAAAUGAAGCAGAAGACGAUGAUGCAGUAAACACAGAGCUUCGUAAAAUACAGCAGGAAGAAAAACAAAUCAUUUCUCAAUUGUCAAAGAGUGCACAAACUGAUGUUGAAAAGGGACAACAUGUCCGUCAACAACUGACUUUAUGGGAUAAUUGCUUAGAAAACCGUAUUCGUAUGCAAAAAUUGGUUGAUAGCGUGAACAAGUUCCCACAAAAUGAUACCUAUGUUGAUUUCCUUACAAAGUCAGAAGGUAUUGAGGAGGAUUUAGAGCAAGUAAAAACGGAUUUACGACAAGUGAUUGAUGAUCUCAUGGAUAUUCGUGUUGGACUAUUUGAGCAAAACGGCUGCAUCGAUUUAUCAAAAAAGAACUUUAAUACCAGAAAGAGACACCUUGACGACGAUGAUGUCUAUAUUGAUAAACUUUGGAAAGAUAUUUCAGAAAUCAACGAUGUGUUUGUACCUUUCCGUAAUAGUACUUUAGAAAAGUGGAGUAAUAAGGUCCAAGUAGCUGCUGGAGCACGUCUUAACAAGAAGUUUAAGGCAUUUGAUCAAAAUAUUAUGACACAAAUAGAACAUGUACUUGGAGAUAAAGAAAACUUGAUAAAGAGAACACAGCUUCAACGUUCAGAAUAUAAGAUCAUUGGUAAAACGCAAAUAGAGGCAGAACAAGUAGAACAAGAGAUUGAUAGUGGGAAGAAGGCAGAUCGCCAUUUAAAUACCUAUGAUGCAGAAAUCUUUGACGAUCAUGACUUUUAUCAACAGCAGCUGCGUGAAUUGAUCGAAUCACGAAUGGUCGACACAGAUGACCCAACGGCCAUUGGUAUGAGAUGGGCAGCUCGUAAGAACGAACAAAAGAAAAAGAAGAAAGCAGUGCAUACAAAAGCAAGCAAAGGCCGCCAACUUCGAUUCAAUGUGCAUGAAAAAUUGCAAAACUUUAUGGCACCUAUACCUGCUGGAGAUUGGCAUGACGAAAUGGCUGAUGAACUGUUUUCUUCUCUGUUAGGUCAAAAAUUAGACAGCACCUUGGCUGAAUAAAAAAGUUUCGGUUUUGUUUUUACAUCUUAUGAUAUCACUCUAUUCUUUGUAUAUGUAGCUGUGCUUUAUCACGUACCAUAAAAUAUCAUUCCAACACUAAUGUCGGUUUUGUUUAGAGAUCCUUCAAAUAAAAUAAAAGAAAUCCUUUUGUUAAAAAAAACGAUUAUAGUUGGAGCAGUAGGUCAACAUGGAUUCCAGUUACUGUUGUUACAGCUUAACAUAGUGUUGAGCUCUGUUCUAUGUAUAAUGAUGCUACCGUAACAAAGAUAAC